AUGCCAAACAUCAACAUUCGACUUCGACAAGCCAAAAACUUGGCAGCAAAAGACCUUUCCAAAACGUCGGACCCAUUGGUAAUUUGCACAGUUAACAACAAGAAAUCAUUCAAGACAGAACCAAUCAUGAUGGACUGCAAUCCAAACUGGGAAACGCACAAGAAACCAAUUAAACAUGAAUUUACGGUGAAUUUUGACAAAUUAACAGACGUGAUACAAUUACAAGUGGAAGACUAUAACAUCUUCUCUAAAAACAAACCAAUAGGAAGUUGUCAAAUACCUCUUCAAUUUUUAGAAAAAUCAAAACCAAUGGAAUUUACAUUUGAUUUACGUGAUACGAAACAAGCAAUUGCUGGACAAUUGGUAGUUUUAUUGGAAGCAAUGGAUUUUGGAAUUGUUCCUUCAACAACAACAGUGCCUAUGUAUCCUCUUCCGACACAGCAACCAUAUUCUCCUCCUAUUUCUGUUGUGCAGACACAGCAACCACAACAACCACAGCCACAGAUACAGCCACAACAGCCACAACAGCAACUAGUUGGAAAUUUACAAAGGAAUGACAGUAGUCCAACACUUGCUGCACUCAGACAUGGAUCUUUCCUGACCAAUAAUAAUACAGGUGUUGGUGGUCAAUCACCUAUUCAACAGCAUCCAUUGCAAACUUCUCAGAGUUUUAUCAUGCAAAAAACGACAAUGGAUCAACAACAAUCAUCAAUGAUGAUGGGCACAGGAAGUAAUAGUGUAUAUGGAAUGCCACUACCACAACAAUAUGUCAAUAAUGGAAUGCAACAACAGCAACAACAGCCAUUGACACAUUCCAAUUCGUUCAUUAAUUAUUCACAACAACCACAACAACAACAACCACCAUCAAUGUAUAAUAAUUCUCAGCAAGGAGUUAAUAUAAUUUCACCAAGUGCUAAUAAUAAUAAUAAUAUUGGAACUCAAUAUACUCCUCCACAACAGUAUAAUCAACAGUAUAAUCAGGGAAUUGUUAAUAGUCCAGGAAGUAUUUCAUCUCCUUCGAAUUUACAACCAAUGAAUAAUUCAUCAUCUUAUAAUUUAAUGAAUAAUUGUCAACUACAAGGAAAUGUACAAGCUCAACAAAUUCAACAAAAUGAUAAUAGUGUAUCUACUCCAAGAAAGGCAUUGCCUACAUUACCAGUUAAACAAGGAAGUACAAGUCCUCAAACAAUUGGUCAACCAACAAUUGAUUCACAAAUUCCAAAACCAAAUGAGCUACCUCAAUCGAAUCAAUGGACUGGUGUUGUCACUGAUCAAUACAUUGAUUAUGUAGUUUCCCAACUUCCAAUUCCACUCUCCAUACCAGAAUAUUACCAACGUUUUGUAAAGCCAUUUAAAAUAUAA